AUUUUAAAUAAAUAGGCGGAAAACUAUCUCCUCCUCCUUCUUCUUCUUCGAUUCUCUUUGCUCGCUUUCCCGUCAAUGUCGUUCGAUUCCAUCCUCCGGUGAACAGAGGAAUCUACUUAUUACCCUUUUUAAAACCUGAAAUUUCUUCAGUUUCUGAUCGAAGACAGUAAUGGAUGAAUCUUAUCGUAAUCUCACGGACUUAACCUCUGUUACAGAGACAAUCGUCGACAUCUUGCUAUGCUCAGUUCCUAUUUGGCUCGCCGUCAUGAUCGGGCUUUUGAUUGGCUGGUCUUGGCGUCCAAGGUGGACCGGUUUGGUUUAUCUAGGGCUCCGUUCUAAGCUCCGUUUUCGCUGCACUGUUCCUCCGGGUUUCGGCGCUCGCCGUGUUUGGCUCGCUUUCACCGCUUUCUCAGUCUGCCGCACUUUAUGGUCACGGCUCGGUUCGAGUGAGAAGAGACCAGAAGAUAUUAUUAAUCCGAGUGGUGAAACAGAAGCAAUCUCAGAAAAAAAUGAUUAUGGUUACCUAAGUAAUGAUUUGUUUAUUUUGGUGUGGAUUUGCAGAGUUAGUGAUAAAGAAACAGAGAAAGAGCAGGAGAGUGUGACAGAGAAGGAUCUAGAGCAUUUGCUGCAUCUGCUUGAAGCUGGAAAUGCUAAUACGGAGUGGCAAUCUAUGAUGGACAAGUCUACUCCCAAUAUGAGCUACCAAGCCUGGCGCCACGAGCCUCAGGCAGGUCCUGUUAUUUAUCGUAGUCGGACUGUUUUUGAGGAUGCAACUCCAGACAUUGUUAGGGAUUUCUUCUGGGACGACGAGUUUCGACCUAAAUAGGAUCCUAUGCUUGCUUACUUCAAAACUUUGGAAGAAGAUCCUAAUACAGGAACAACUAUUGUUCACUGGACUAAAAAGUUUCCGUUUUUCUGUAGUGACCGGGAAUACAUCAUUGGCCGGAGAAUAUGGGAAUCUGAAAACAAGUAUUAUGCUGUGACUAAGGGAGUGCCGUAUCCAGCUCUACCAAAGCGUGAUAAACCGAGGCGAGUAGAGCUUUAUUUCUCAAGUUGGAUUAUCAAAGCGGUUGAAUCUAGGAAAGGAGAUGGACAGUUAACGGCUUGUGAGGUCUCUCUUGUCCACUGCGAAGACAUGGGAAUCCCAAAAGACGUAGCAAAGUUAGGAGUCCGUCACGGCAUGUGGGGAGCCGUCAAGAAGCUAAACUCCGGGUUAAGGGCAUACCAGGCCGCUAGAAAAUCAGGGGCGGCUCUGUCAGGGAGCGCGCAAAUUGCGAGAAUCACCGUAAAACUGAACGUGGAUUUGGUGGAGACAUCGAGAAUAGAGGAAGGAGAGAGAGGACAAGCCAUGGAUAACGUAAGGAGAGGGAAGGAGCAGUUCAGUGUAGAUUGGAAACUGGUCGUUGUAGGAGGAGUUGCCUUGGCGUGUGGGCUUCAUUCAAGUGCUAUUGGCAAGGCCUUAAUGGUUGGAGCUGGGCAGAGACUUGCUCGUAGGUGAAAUCACUGUUGUUAUCUCUUCCUGCUGAUAGAUUGACAUUGUAACGUGUGUCCAUGGAUAAUUCUUUAGCCUAGCACAGGAAGACAGUUUAGUUAUAUGUAUCAUGGAUUGUGUUUUCUUCUUACAACAGUAUAUUUAAUGUUGGAGGCAAAAAAAUGUGGUCGAAAGCAUUUCAUGUAAUAACAGCUGAAGUCUAUGGACCUUAAUUGGUCAUAGCCAAGCUUGUUUUACCGUUAGAGAACAUUUAACUCAUUUGUGUGCACAACUAUUUAGCAAUUAGCUCUCAGUUUUAUUUC